AUGGCGCAGUGUCUCCGGGGCAAGGGCGGCGCCGCCGCCGCCGUCGGUGAAGCGCUCCGCAAGGCGGCCCCGUGGCAGCGGGCGGCCUCGGCGUCGUACCACCACACGAUCCAGGCGGUGCCGCGGGAGACGGCCGGCCCGCGGGCCGCGGCGCGCGAGCGCCGCAACGGCAACGUCCCGGCCGUGCUGCUCAGCCUCGCCGGCUCCGGGCCAGGAGAAGGGGUCGCGCACCGCAAGCUCCUGACCACCGACAGGAAGCAGCUCGGGGAGAUGCUGAAGCAGUCGCCGUACUUCCUCUCCACCCCGGUCCGCCUCCAGGUCCGCGCCGGAGAGCGGUCCACCGCCGUCGUGCACUCCGGCACCGUCCUCCCGAUCAAGGUGCAGACAGAUGAAACAACAGGGAAUAUAUUGAACCUGGUUAUGGUGGAAGCAGAUGAGGGAACAAUGCUCAAGGUGAAUUUGCCUGUAGUGUUCAAAGGGGAGGAUGUCUGCCCUGGAUUAAAGAAAGGUGGGUUCUUGCAGAAAAUAAGGACCAGCUUGGUGUAUCUGUGCCCCGCUGAGCACAUCCCUCCAAAAAUCGAGGUGGACCUGACAAAUCUUGACAUUGGGGAUAGAGUAUUAAUGCAGGACAUCCCCGUACAUCCGUCUCUCAAGUUACUGAGUAAAAACGAGACGAUGCCAGUCUGCAAGGUCCUAUCCUCAAAGCCAGCUGAGUAGGAGCCUGUUCAACCAUCUAGAGCUGGAGACAUGUACCUACCAUGGGUGGUGCAGCGGCCUGAGAAUUUAAUCCCUCUCUCUGUGUUGUCUGGUUUGAUUUCAGCACAUCUCUUGGCUAGGUUCCAGUUUGCCAGUAGUAGAUUCAGACAAGUUUAUUGUAUUACGAACAAACAGGCUGAAGAGAACAGUCCCAUGAUCCAUCUUGGCUGUAAUGCCGUAAAAUAAUAUAUCUUGGCUUUCUCAGUUCAGGGACAUACA